UAUAGAAUCAUCAAAAUAUAAAAAGUUCAAAAAAAAAAAAAAAUUCUGUGGGCCAAAUUUGCUUACCGUGAUAUCAGACUUUUGACAUUUUAGUUAUCUUUACCAGUAAUACCAUCUUAAAAAUUGUACGAAAGUUGUUACUACUUUGUAUUAGCACUUUACGCCUUACCGAAAAAUUCUCUGUUAGCGAGGUUAGCGUGGGAUAUUAAUAAAAUUGAAUAAAUAUUUUGGAUUUAUUUGUACCAUAAUGUACAAUUUCGAAACAAUUUGUAGAACGUGUUCAUCUGAGGGAGAAUUACAAUCAUUAUUUAGCGAAGAUCCUUUCAAAAUAGCGGAUAUGUUAACUGAAAUCGUUGAUAUUAAGAUAAUCGAAAAUGAUAAUUAUCCACAGAAAAUAUGUACAAACUGUUUGGAUAAAUUAAAUUCUGCCUAUAAUUUUAAAAAACAAUGUCAAGAUGUCCAUCAAAAAUUUAUCGAAUAUUUAGAACAAUUAAAUAUUAAAAAGGAAAUAAUUAUUGAUACGAUUAAAGAAGAAAAUUACUAUAUCGCUGAAGAUGAUGACAAUUAUGAACCAUUGAACCAUUACAACGAGGAAAAUGUACCCAAAGAUAUAGAAAACAUAUCAAAGGAUAUAAAACCAAAAAAAAAAAGAAUCAAGAUACGCGCAAAACGUAAAUAUACGUGCAAUAUAUGUAAUAAAAGCAUAUUAAAUUUACGUGAACAUAUGCGGACACAUACUACUAAAAAAUCAUAUUUAUGUAAUCAUUGCGGAAAAGGAUUCAUACGCCAGUCAAACUUGCAAAUACACAUGAAAGUUCACACUGGGGAAAAACCGUAUAAAUGUCAUCUAUGUGAAAAUUCAUUUUCACAAAUGGCUUCAUUAAAUAGACAUCAACUAACUCAUACCGGAGAAAAACCUUAUAAAUGCUCUUUUUGUGGGAAGCAAUUUGCUCAUCGUUUAGGAUAUAAUCGUCAUCAAUUAAUCCAUACGGGGGAUAAACCGUUUAAAUGUGAUAUUUGUAAUCAAAGCUUUCGACAAAAACCUCAUUUAAAAAUUCAUAGUCGUACACAUAGCGGAGAAAAACCACACAAGUGUAGUAUUUGUGAUAAACAAUUUUCAUUAAAUGGAAAUUUAACGGUACAUAUGCGAACACAUACGGGGGAAACCCCUUAUGUGUGUUCGUUUUGUAAUAAAGGAUUUUAUGAUUCGAGUAGUAUGAAAACUCAUUGGAAAAAACAUUUUACAGAGAAUAAAAUGAUCAACGAAAAAACGUAUAAAUGUCAAUUAUGUGAAAAAUCAUUUUCAUACUUGACUUCAUUAAAUACCCAUCAACUAACUCAUACCGGAGAAAAACCUUAUAAAUGCUCGUUUUGCGAGAAGCAAUUUGCGCAUCGUUUAAGCUGUAACAGGCAUGAAUUAAUCCAUACGGGAGAGAAACCGCAUAAAUGUGAUAUAUGCAAUCAAAGUUUUCGACAAAUAACACAUUUAAAAGUUCACACUCUUACACAUAGUGGGGAAAAACCUUACAAGUGUAGUGUCUGUGAUAAACAAUUUUCAUCGAAUGGAAAUUUAACGGUACAUAUGCGAACUCAUACGGGAGAAACUCCUUAUGUGUGUUCUGUGUGUAAUAAAGGAUUUUAUGAUUCGAGUAGCUUGAAAAAACAUAGAAAAAAACAUUUUAGCGAGAAUGAAAAGAUCGAAGAAAAAUCAUUUGAUUUGUCGCCAACGAAAUUGAUUGAAAAUGAUCACGAUGAUAUAUUCAAUGAAAAUGAUAAUUCAUCAAUCACAUCAUCACGAGAAGAUGGUGACCGUGAAGAUGAUGAUGUUGACGAAAAUCAUAUUAAUAGUGAUGAAAAUAUUAAACUAGAGGAGAGUAAAAAAACAAAUGUUAAGAAAGAAAAGAAAACUGUUUAUAGACGUAAACAUCAGUGUCCAAUAUGUAAUAAAUAUUUUACAUCAAGUCAUUUACAAAAUCAUAUGCGAUCCCAUACAAAGGAAAAACCUUAUAAAUGUGAAACUUGUGGACAACAAUUUUCAUUAAAAGGUAAUUACGAACGGCAUCGUAAAAUUCAUACUGGAGAACGUCCGCAUGCGUGUUCGACAUGUGGACGCCGUUUCCUCCAAAAAACCACCUUAAACCAACAUUUACUAAUUCACACAGAUGAAACACCCUAUAUGUGUACAUACUGCGGUCGUCGCUUCAAACAUAAAUCCCCUCUACAAUGGCAUAUCCGAACCAAACACAAUCCGAACAACGAAAAUAUUGUAAAGCAACCGAAACCACCAAGAAAGCGUCGAACAGAAUUACCACGUGACUUCGAAUGUGAUAUAUGUCAUAAAAAAUUUAGUACAAAAAAUAUAUUAGCAACGCAUACAUUAAUCCAUGGCGAAAAAACUUAUUUAUGUAGUCAUUGUGGAAAAGGUUUUACCUCGAAUAAUGGUUUACAAUCACAUCUACGUACGCAUACCGGGGAAAAACCACAUAAAUGUACACUAUGUAAUAAAGCGUUUUCGCAGAUAGCUUCGCUUCAUACGCAUCGAUUAAUCCAUACGGGCGAACGUCCCUUCACAUGUGAUAUUUGUAAUCAAAGUUUUAAACAAAUUAAUCAUUUAAAGACACAUCGACGGACGCAUAGUGGUGAAAAAUUGUAUAAAUGUUCAGUAUGUGGAAAAAAUUUUUCUACGAAUGGAAAUUUAACGGUACAUAUGCGAACACAUACCGGAGAAACACCGUACGUAUGUUCGGUAUGUAAUAAAGGUUUUUAUGAUUCGAGUAGUAUGAAAAAACAUAAGAAAAAACAUUUUACGGAUCAGGAAAAUGUACAAGAAAAAUCGUUUGAUUUAUCAUUAACGAAAUUUAUUGAAAAAUAAUUUAUUUAGUAAUUUA